AUGAGCUCUGCAGGCGGAGUGCUGUCCAGGGCCGUGCGUGGCGGCUCGUACCGCUUCCUGCAGCGUUUACUAACGUUCGCAGCCAACUCACUAGUGCUGCGCAAAUUGCACCUGAGCGUGACGGGCGCCGUGACCGUGCGGCUGGAGCUGGCGCUGGCCUCCAUCUUCCUGCUGCGCGAUGGCUUCCGCCUGGCGUUUCUGCGCAUGCCGUCGCUCGACUCCUCGAGCUCCAAGGGCGCGAGCAAUGGGAAAACGCACUUGCAACAGUUGGUGAACGUCGCGUGGCUCUCCACCGCCAUCAGUUGGGCGGUGGCGGCUCUGGUGCUGCUGUACUCGGCGGUCUCGGGCUCAACGGAGACUUUGAAGGACGACGAGGCGCUGGAGGGGUACUCGACGGUGCUGGUCAUGUACUGCGGCGCUGCAAUGAUCGAGGCACUGGCCGAGCCAAUGUUCGUGCUGGCGCAUGCCAGUGUGCUCGUCAGUUGGCAGGUGGCGGCUCAAAGCGCCGCCUUCUUGGUCCGCGCGGCGGUGCAGUAUGUGGGGGUUGUGGUGCUGGAGCUGAGCUUGACAGCGUACGGGAUCGCGGAGCUCUCGUACGCGUUGACGCUGCUGCUGAUGUUCGCGGUGUUCUUCAGGAGGAGGAUCUAUGGAGGUUCGUCGGAAGGAGGCAAGUUCGCCUUGACCAGUAUGAAGCAGCUGCUGCCUGGCAAGCCCGAGGGGGACGCGGACUGGUGUCACGCAGAGCUCAUGACGCUGCUGGUGCCGCUGAGCGUGCAGAGCGGAGUCAAGUACCUGCUGGCGGAGGGGGACAAGUGGGUGCUCACGGGCUUCGCGUCGCUGCAGCACAUGGGCGUCUACGGACUGGUGUCGAAUCUGGGCUCGCUCGUGCCGAGGAUCGUGUUCCUGCCCAUUGAGGAGGCGACGAAGACCAUCUUCAGCAAACUCGCGCUGUCUCAGAAGCAGACGAGCGACGACAAGGACGAUAAGGAGAGCAAGAGGAAGAGCUUGGCCGAUGGACAGACGCUGCUGCUUGUGCUACUCAAACUCAUGAACCUGGUGGGGCUGCUCUUCGUCUGCUUCGGUACCAGCUACGCGUACACGUUGGUGCUGCUGCUGUAUGGAGUGGAGAAGGCGAGGCAAGGCGUGGGCGCGGCGUUGGCUGUCUACUGUGCGUACAUCCCAUUCCUGGGGGUGAACGGAGUGUGCGAGGCUGUGGUGCACGCCAUCGGAGACGACCACGAGCUCAUGCGGCUCAACAAGUUGCUCGGCCUUUUCUUCGCCAUCUACGCGUUCAGUGCGCUCGUGUUCAUGGAGGUGCUCGACUGGGGGACGCUUGGGCUCAUCCUGGCCAAUUGCGUGAACAUGGCCUGCCGCAUCCUCUACUGCUUUACGUUCCUGGCUUCGUACUUCCGUCGGGUAGCGCCAACAGCUCAGAGCAGCAACCGCUUUGUCAGUGGGCUCGCAUUCUGGCGUCGAUCGCUGCCGGACCGACUCGUUGUGGUCGCCUUCUUGGCGUCUUUGGCGGUGACUUCCAUUUCUCAGCGAGUGUUGCUGGGUUCCGAGACGGAUGGUCCGAUUUCGCUGGUGCGGCACGCUGCUCAUAUUGCUGUUGGGGCGAUUUGCUUUGGCGCAUCGGCGCUUACGCUCUAUGUGAAAGAGCGUCACCUUCUAGGAGCUCAGUUGGCAGCACUUCGGGGGCAGAGCAAGUCUCACAAAGAUUAG